AUGCUGUGCCACGUGGACUUCGUCGACUGCGCACCCCCGUGGAGCACGAUGACGUCCUCCGCCUCCCCGAUAGCAAGCUGCCCGGAGCAUAUAAAAGCAAGGGCCAUGGACUCGACCUUCAGUGGACACGGCAGCACCGCCGUGACGAUGUCGCCUUACGUGCCUCUACUUGUGCAGGUUGGUGAUCGAAAGUAUGGUUUUCAUAGUAACUGUACCUGCCUGAUUGUGCUGCCGAGUCCACACACUGUUCUUGGUUGCUUAAAUGACUGUGUUUCAGUUGUAAGCCUGUUACUGAAGUUGUCCGGUGACGUAGAGGAAAAUCCUGGGCCCGAGGUUGAAAAAAUGCUGGAGGAAAUAUUAAGUAACCAGAGUAAACUACUAGCAAAAGUUAAUGAAAUUCAGGCCAAGCAGACAUCUACGGAUGCCAGCAUUUCCGACAUGCAUGUUAGGCUCCAGACUAUUGAAAGACAACUUGAAGGGUUGGGUGAAACACAGAACCGGCUUACUAUGAUAGAAUCAAGUGUUGGUCGCCAUGACAGUGAAUUGACGGCCCUUGCCAGGCAGAUCGAUGACUUAGAUAAUCGUUCUAGACGCAACAACCUUAUUGUACGCGGAGUGGAAGAAGAAGAAUCUGAGGAUGAGGCAGUACUCUUAAGUAAGGUGAAUGACGAUAUCUUUGACAAGUUACUUGGCUCAAAGUGUAGAUCCAUUGAGAGAAUUCACCGUCUAGGAAAGAAAAUACCUGAAAGAAGCCGUCCGGUCAUCUUGAAAGUAGGAGACUUCAGGGACAAAACCAAAAUACUGAAAAACUGCCGCAAGCUCAAGGGGACACAAUUCAGUAUCAGUGAAGAUUACUCUAAACGAGUAGUUGAAAUCAGAAACAUAUGGAUUUCAUCAGCGGAUGAAGAGCAAAGAGCAAAGGUUAAACUAAUCAUCGAUAAACUGAAAGUAAACAACGUUCUCUAUGGCUGGAAUGAGGCUACCAACGAGCGAUUCAGGUAUGCUAGCCCAGGUCUCACCAGCUCUGACUGA